GCAUUUUAUUUAUUUUUUCAUAUGAACAAUUUUUUACCCAUUUCCUCGAGUCACUGUCACAUAACCUACCCCAUUUUUCUUCUCUUCUCUUAUCUCUCCGCCCCCCCCUCACCAACUUUCUGUUGCGUGCGCGUGUUUAUCUAUUUUGCAGCUUUAGGGAACCCCGAACCGUACCAAGCGGUUAAUGGAUACUGUGAUAGUAAUUGCAAGAAUUUCGUAUUCUUCAUUUUAAUAUUUGUCGUUUGUGUGUUUAUGCAUUCGACGUCGGAGGUGGGCAGCAUGUUGUUGGUGAUGCGUUGCACCCAUCCAAAAGAUAAAGCCAUGGCUAUGGGCAUAAUACAGUCAGCUAUUGGUCUAUUUGGUAAUGUUCCUUGUCCGAUUAUUUAUGGCGCCGUUGUCGAUUCGGCGUGCCUCAUCUGGAAAUCAGUGUGUGGCAAGCAUGGAGCCUGUUCACUAUACGAUGCAGACUCAUUUAGGCAUUACUUUCUGGGCAUCACCGCCGGCAUAAUGUUUUUAGCUUUCUUAAUGGACUUGGUCGUGUGGAGCAAAGCACAUCGCAUUGACAUCACACCGGAGGACAGUAAUGAGCCGCAUGGUAAACAGACGGCCGCGGAAACUGAAUGUAAGAAGUCAAUGGUAGCGCCAGACACCAGUGUUUAAAUCGAAAGCGCUAUUUAAAUAAGGAUGAUCGAAAUAUUUUGCUGAAAAGAACAAAAUCAAAAGGUUAAAACAAAGUGCGCACAUUUUUUUUCGUUUUCUUUUAUUUGUGUUUCUUGCUUCUGGUUUUACCUAAUGACGCUGCGACAGUAAGAAAUGGAUGCGUAUUAAUUA